AUGUGUUUUAAUAAAUAUUAUGGACAAAGUUCUGAAAAUCUCCGUGAAGAAGAUCUUAGUCGAUUACUCGAUGAAGUAUUCGAUUUUAUAAAUAAACUUUUAAAUGUUGAUCUAAGUUUACGAGCUAUGACAGAAUUACGAGCUGUUUUCUAUGAUAAAAAUAUUAAUAUUCGAGACGAAGUCAAAAAAUUAUUCAUAAGUCGUUCAAAUGAAAAGAAUCUUAAUCCAGUUAAUGUAUUAGCUAAUCUUGUACAAGGUCAAAAGAAUCAACCCAACGAAAGAGAAAUUGAACAAGUUUGUGAAUGGUUACAAGUUUACCAAUACUAUAGUCAUACUAAUGUGAUUAUAGAUUGUAUUGAAAAGUUCGAUCUUUUACCGUUAGAUAAUCAAGAAACAAAAAUCGUUCAUUUAAAACGCUUAAGCGGUAAUGAAAAUUGUUCAUUAAGAGAAAUAACUCAAGCUUAUAGAAUUUUACAAGAAUGUUUUCAAACUUUGACUCAUCAACAUUUACAACUGAUUAAAAUAGCAGUCGAAUGUUCGAAUGUUAUUCAAAUGAUGAAAAAAGCUGAUCUUUAUUCUGAUCAGGGUCGACUCCGUUUUCAAGAAUUACGAGACAAUUUAACGACACAAUUUCAGUUGCAAGAAUUAAAUAAUAUGAUACUAAAUUCAUGGAUUAUAACGCAUGCAUUAAUCGAACCAUUUGUGGAUAAAGCAAAAAGUUUCGACGAUUUUGUUGAACGUGUUGGUCAAAUAAAAAAUUUAGAAGGAAGUUCAUUGAAUCAUAUCAAAGUAAUUAACGAUAAUAUACAACUUGUUACACUAUGGUUAUCAGCAGAAGAAACGACAGUGUUAGACAAUGCUUUGAUUACUAUGGAACAUUUAUAUAAAAAUGGUACUGUUGAUAUUCACUUACGACGUUUAAUAAGAAAGCAAUCGUACUAUGAAAUCGGCUAUUCAAUUGAUCGUAUUCAAGUUGGAAUGAAAAAAGUGACUGAUGAUGAAAAUACCUUUGAAGAUAAUGAUGGUAUCGAAGCAAAAAAAAUUAAAUUUCUAUUGUCCAUGUCGGAUAUUGAUGAUCAUAAACGUCAAUUAACAUUUUGUUACGCUGAUGUGCAAGAAAAUUUAACCUCUAAGAAAGCUAUAAUCAAUGGACAGUUGAAAUUAUUAGAAAUUAUUGAGAAUAUCUAUCACAUGUUAACUAAAUUAGAAAGAGGUGGUCAUCCUGAUUAUCAAUUACUAGAUGAACAUUACGAAAUAGAUCUUCAAGAAGUUCAAGCCGGAUUUAUAUCAACUGAUUCACAAGAUCAUCAAAAUGCUCAACUAGAAAAUGGUAUUCGUAUUCGAAUUCAAAGUUUAGAAUUAAUAAAAAAUACUUUGAAAACUGCAUAUGAUAUAUGGAUACAAAGUUUGAAGAAAUAUCGUCAACAAUGUUCACUAUUGAAAUUAUUUUCUAGUUGUGAAAUUCUGAUUUUAAUUAUUUUACUUCAAACAUUCAAUGAACCAAAUUCUAUUCGAAAUCAAUUUUUUUAA